AUAACCUCAAUUCCUUUUACCAUCCGAAAAGAAAUUGCUCGUCAAUCUUUCGAUUCUGCAGCCUUUAUUUUUUGCACGAGAUCCAACAAUUCCCAAGAAUACUCUGAUUCAGCUGGAACGACGGCGGAAUACCAUACGGCGCCCGAGGAUAGGGCCAUAAAAUUUAGGAGAUUACAGCUGCCAACAUCAUCCAUAGCCAACCCAAUCUCCGCAGUUGAGAUGAUUCACGAAAUCUCAGUUUCCCCUGUUUUCGUCCAUCAAUUCAUUACUGGAUUCACUUUCGUCAUUCUAUUCAGAACCACCCAUUUCGAUGCUAAUCACAAAAGGAAGACGGCCAGGUCUCGUAAUAAAAAUGUUCUCAGCCACCAAAGAUUGGAUUCUCUUACCAAUGACACCUGUAUUUCCAUACAUCCAGCCGAUUGCGUGAAAACCGGAGAAACGAUUGUCGAAGAAUUCGUGCUAUACAAAAUUAUUGGUAAAGCCGCUGAAACUGUGGCAACAAAUACAGACGCUCCAUAUGUAGGCACUGCGGCAAUCACGACCGACCUCGCAGCGCGCCUAGCAAUGGCCAUGGCCGAUUACGACAUUCAGGUCCACAAAUAUGACGACAGAAAAUAA